AUGUCGAGCGCAAAUCAGCUCUUUCUCCUCUCGGACCACGUCAAGCUCUCGCUGCUCGAGAGGCAGCGCGCAAAGAGUCUCAACAUCGAAGGCGACUCGCAGGAUGGACAUAUUUCUCGCUCUCUUGAUCAGUUCCGCGACGGCCUGGCCGCUCUCCGCGAGGAGGAGCAGCGGCUGAGCGAAGCCGGCGAUGCGACCGGCGCCUCAGACCUCUCCGAGUCCAUCUCAACACUCCAGAAGCAGUUCGACGACCUCACGACCCAGUUCCAAGGCCAACCUUCGUCCUCGGCCGCCGCGACCGUCUCGCACCCCAACUCGGAGGAGCUCGCCGACGACUUUGCCCACGCGGCCUCGACGUCGCCCAACUCGCGCAAGUCCAAGACGGUCCGCUUCACCGACACACCCUCCUCCCCCUCCGCCGAGCUCUUUGGCCCUUACCGCGAUGACCCCUCCGACUCGGCCGGAUACCAGGACCAGGCGGCGGAGAUGAGCAAUCAGCAGAUCCACGAGUAUCACAACCAGAUUCUCGAGCAGCAGGAUGAGCAGCUCGAUCGCCUUGGCGAGUCUAUCGGCCGCCAGCGGGAGCUCAGCAUGCAGAUUGGAGAUGAGCUUGACAGUCACGUUGCCAUGCUCGAUGAGGUUGAAGGCGUUACGGACCGACACCAGAGCCGUCUGGAUCGCGCGAGCCGGACCCUCGGCAAGGUGGCUCGUGGGGCGAGCGAGAACAAGCAGAUGACGACCAUUGUGGUUCUCAUCAUCAUCCUCGUGCUCCUCAUUGCCAUCUUGAAAUAG